AUGCCGCCACCCGCGACGACCCCCAGCAAUGAGCCCUUCCCGUCUCUCGCCCUGACCCCGGCUCUUAUGAGCAAGCUCAAGCCGGCCAGGAUAUUCAAGACCGCGGUCGAGCAGCAAACGCCACCCUCACCCGGCUCUGCCUCGCCCCGCCCAAGUCAGCUAGGACCGAGGCAGAUCUCGGGCAUAAGCUUCGAUGACAGGGGAGAUCAGGUCAUAACUGCGGCGGAGGAUGAGACAUUCCGGUUGUAUAACUGCAAAACUGGCAAGCAGGUGAAGAUCUUGUACUCCAAGAAGUACGGUGUUGAUCUUCCCCGUUUCACGCACAAAAACACCGCAAUUCUCCACGCGUCGACGAAGGAGGACGAUACCAUCCGGUACCACUCCCUGCACGACAACAAGUAUCUGCAGUACUUCAAAGGACACAAGGCUCGCGUCAUCUCCCUCGAGAUGUCCCCCGUUGACGAUGGCUUCAUGUCUGGGUCUCUGGACAAGACGGUGCGUCUGUGGGACCUCCGCUCGCCGAGCUGCCGGGGCCUCCUGAACCUCCCUGCGUCCCCGGUCGUCGCGUAUGACGCCUCUGGCAUCGUCUUUGCUGUCGGCGUCAACCAAUACUCCCGUAUUCUGCUCUACGACGUAGCCAACUUCGACAAGGCACCCUUCAUGACCAUCACGCUAGAAGACCCCACCCUGUCUCUUGUAAGCUUCCCACCACGCGCUAUCUACAUGACGUCUCUGGCCUUCUCGACGAACGGGAAAUAUCUUCUUGUAGGUUGUUCUGGAGGGGCGCACUAUAUCAUGGACGCGUUUGACGGCCACUUGCUGGCUAAGCUGGAGGGGCACAUCGGGCUCGAGCGCCGGAAGCUAGACAUCCCGCUUAACAUCGAGCCAUCACGAGGAUGCAGCGGGGAGGAAGUUUCGUGGACACCAGACGGCAAAUUCGUCGUUGGCGGGAGUCUCGACGGGAAGAUUUGCGUCUGGGACGUGCAGAAUUUGCCGGCGAAGGAGGGGCCAGUCGACCUCAAGUCGCCACCUGUGCGUUUUAUGCCCAUGAGCGUCCUCGAGGGCCAUCCGGGGCCCUCAAGAUGCGUCAAAUUCAACCCACGCUUUGCGAUGUUGUGUUCUGCGGGUGCUGAGCUCGCAUUCUGGUUGCCUGAUCCGGCUGGCGAUCCGGAGGAAAUAGCGAAGGAGCUGCUGAAGAAGAAGUAGACAUGACGGCGUGGGUGGGUUGUUAUGGGCGGUCGUGUGUGCUCAUGUUGGAAGAUUGGCCGUCGUUGGCUUCUGUUGUAUGAUCUCCUGCCCGGACUGUCUCGCUUUCGAUGUACAACUGCUUACUUUGCGUCCACAUCGCAGCUAAUUG